CAGAAUAUGUCGCAGCCUCCGGUAGUAUUUCUUUCAUUUAGUCGAUGUUUUUGCAAUUUCAGCGUUUUGUAAGGACGAGAAUUUUUCUUUUUAUUGAUAGAAUCAAUUGCGAGGUCAUUGCUUUGUCGUGCCUUGAUGGCGUCACACGGUCUGCCGAACCGCCUUCCGUGCCCCCGCGCAGAGCGUUUUCAUUUUAAUGCGGUUUGGGAUAUUUUUGCCGCAAAGUGAAUGAGCAGACUUAUUCUAGCGCCUGAAAUCGAGGCCCUGCAUCAGGGUUGUUCCGGACUUAUGUGGGUAGAGUGGGCAGGAAAGUCAAUUGCAUUCUAAGCGAUCUACAGCAGCUGAAACGCUAUAAAUCUGAAUCUGAAAGAUGGCAAGCAGAAGCGCGCUACAUGAUGAUUUAUCUGAAGACGAUUUUCUUCAGAGACGCCCUCGGAAGAGGACGUGGGGAAGGACGUUUUCGGUUUCGAAAACAAGGACAGGCCCGUGGGGAAAGGCUCUCAAAGUGGGGACCGUGGCUAUUCUGGGAGCCGCUGCCCUCGGGAUAGCAGCGAAACUUGGCCACAGUGCGGCACAGAUAUACAGAAGACAACAGUCCGAAACCCCAGGAGGCGUAAUUGGUACCGACCCAUACGGGAAUCGACCACCUGGCCAAGCCGGUUCCCCCCCACCUUCGUUUCGGAGUCAGGCCGAAGCCGAUGCAGCAUUUUUUAGUGACCCUCUCAUACGGGAGACAAUGGACUCCCAGUUACCGUCCUCUUCUCUACGACGUGUUAAUGAAGAGGCAUAUGAAGGAAAUUUCGUGUCAGCGUCUUCCGCGGCCCCUGCUUGGUGGCUUCCGGAAGAGGAACAAAAUGAGCCCAUUCCCGUGGUUCCCUUGCCUGACUUUAGCUGGAUGCUAAGAUACGUGCCUCAGCGGGUAUUCGACGCUGUGAACACCGUCAAUAGAUGGAUCGAUGCAAGAGAGAGGAUCCCAGUUAGGCAGGAUAGAGAGUUUGGCGAGAGAAAUCAGAAUGUAGGAGAGCGAGGGUUAAACUGGUCAUCUUCGUUGUACAAUGUGAUUGGUCCACCGUUAAAGUUCUCGCCUGUCACGUGGUAGUCUCAAAUGUUUUGCUUGGUCAGGUGGCAGUAUCGAGCCUCUCGCUUGUACAUAUUCUUGAGUAUGGAACGACUCUACCAUGGCCGAGCCUCUACUGCCUUCCGAGUGAAAGGGAUCCCCGUGCUUCAGAUUUUUGCUCCAGAAAUUUAUGAGAUGUCGCGCCUGCUGGUUGGUUGUUCAGGGGCUGAACUCGAAGUGCAUCUUGGGAAUUCUUAUGGAUGACCGAACAGGCUUGCCUAGGGAUUCAGGUAUACUGCGGCUCUACCAAAACUGAGAAUGCUUGUGGCAACAAGACGGGGGGGGCUCUACGGCAAAGACGUUUCCGGUGAAGAUAGCGAGGCAGCGACGAACUUGAAAUUAUGUACUAGAGCUGUAUGUGCGGUUAAGGUAUUUUUCUGGGAUCGUCUCGAGCGUACAGGAGGAGGAGGGACUGGCAGGCGCCAGGAGAGAUUAUUCACAAAUAAGAAUACGAGAAUGAAGAUGGCCGGAGGUCGUCGAGAAGGGACUGAGUACACCUUGAGUGCUUGUCUCUUUCGUCCAGGUAAAAAAAAUCAACGUCCCGGUUGUACAUAAUUUUCACCAGCCAUAUUUGUCGCUGAGCAAUAUCUGUGUAUGUGUGUUGCGAGCGCAUCACCCGUCAGCGCUCCAGUGUAUGGCAUCGCGUGGAAGGAAAGAGCAUGCCCACCCAAGUUUCCUAUGGGGGGUCCGGUGUUUUCAAAACGUAUGACGGUGUCGUUGCGCUCUAUGUAAAAAGUUUAAUUUAGUUUUGUUCAUCUUGGCGGUUCUGUGUUUUUGGACACAGCAACAGAAAAACGGCAGCGUUCAAGAAACUUGAUAUAUGCAC